AUAACUUCAUUAGUAUGACAGACGUCCGGCUUGUUUCCAGUGUAAUAACACAACAACACUACGUUGUUGUUUCUCGAUUCAGCGUAAUAAGAUGCCGUUGGUUCCGGGUCGCGCUUAUACACACGUGGCCCUUUCUGCGCAGUUUUACCAUAGUGUUAUAAAUGUAGUCAGUUCUUCAGUAACUGCACAUCCCCGCCGAGACUCGUCACAGACGAAUAACACAAAGACUGUUACCCAGGCUUGAACUGCAACCAUCAUGGCGUUUACACAAGGCCGUCGGAGCCUCCUGACAUUCCUACUGAUCCUGAUCCCUUUUGGCAUUUUGGCCUUUAUGCUGGGAAGGUUCUGCCAGAGCUGCGUUGAAGCAACAGUUGAGGACUCUACAUUGGGUACUGGUAGCUUGAAGGAUCCAGAACGAAGUGCGGAUACGAAUGGAAAGGCCCGUGUUUACACCUGGAAUGGAUAUAAGUGGACGAAGCUUCCGGAGUUCUGUUCAUUUAUGGAGACGAGAAACUGCCACAGACUCAUUACUCCAAGUGGAGACUCGCCAAUCUUUCUGCACGAUAUCAAAGACGACAUUUGGAUAUCUGGAUAUAUUGCCAAGACGGGACUGUGGGAACCUCAAAAUGUAAACGUUAUUUUGGAACAGCUGCGACUGGACAAUAAGAUGGGCUUCAUCGACUUAGGGUCCCAUGUAGGUGCGUUUUCUUUGUCUGUUGCCAAGGCUGGUCGACAGGUGGUGUCCGUCGAUCCUCUACCUUCAAACAUCAGGAAUUUGUGUCAGUCGGUAGAGUAUGGUGAACUUUCUGCUCAGAUUACAUUAUUGUUUAACGCUUUAUCCAACACUCAACAGGAUGUCACAUUCAGUUUCACCCCCGGGAAUAUAGCUGCCACUGAAAUAAGGAAAUCUGGUAAUUCAGAAGACAUGUCAGUGUCUGGAUUUUGUAGGAGACCUCUGAUAUCCCACUCAGUGACAUUGGAUGAUAUUCUUCCUUUUGUGAAGUUUGAUAAAGCUUUCAUGAAAAUUGAUGUCGAGUCAAUGGAAUUUGAAGUUAUAUCAGGCGGUAGAAAACUUUUCAAUCAGAUAGAUGUGAGAGGAAUUUUAAUGGAAUGGGAGCACACGAAGGAUAGUCCUAAGGCUCCCAAGCUUAUCAAUCUGCUUCAAGGCAUGGGAUACAGAGCUUUCUCUCCCUUUGAUCAAGGACACCAACUACUCGUGAAUGACUAUAAGAACUGGACCUACGAUGUAAUUUGGUUGAAACAUAAAUAAACAAUUAGUGACGAAA